AUGGGAGGCACGACAGAGCUGACGCUUCCUCCCCCGGCCAACACUGAGAGCCAGUAUCUGACCGCCCUCGAGGUGUCAGAAUUCAUCAGCAAGGCUGCCACGAAACACAAUUACCUGAUUCAGUACAACACCUCGGUCGAAGACGUCAGAAACCUUCCUCAGGGUGGUGUCAGAUUGCUGCUGCGCAGAGAGAACGCCGGAGGCACCGACACCUGGUACGAGGAAGACUUUGACCACGUCGUUGUCGCCACAGGCCACAACAGCGUGCCUCGCGUCCCCGAGAUCCCCGGGCUUGAGUCAUGGAAGGGCGGUCUGCAGCACGCCGUGACCUGGCGCUCGGGAGAGGAGUUCAAAGACAAGACAAUCCUCGUCAUCGGCACCAGUGAGAGCGCCAUCGAUCUCGUGCUUCAGUCGUUGCCUCAUGCCAAAGGUGACGUCCAUGUCUCGCAGAGGACGCCGCACCCCCGUUAUCCAACCAUCUUCCAGCGUCCAGGCGUCAAGGUCGUCCAAACCAUCGAUCACUUCACCGAGGAUGAGAUCCACCUCGUUGACGGGACAGUGUUGCGCGACAUUGAUCACGUCGUGUUCGCCACGGGGUACUUUUACUCGUUCCCCUUCCUCGCCAAUGUCCGCCCGCCCCUAGGCCCGGGAGGCCACCGUGUGCCUGGUCUGUAUCAGCACAUCUUCGACAUCCACAACCCAAACACCAUUGUCUUCGUCGGUGUGGUCAACGCGUCGCUGACAUGGCUGACUUGGGAGAAGUCGGCCUUCCUAAUCGCGCUCCUAUGGUCGGGUAAAAUUCACCUGCCGAGCAAGGAGAUUCAGGAGAAAUGGGAGCAAGACCGACUUGAGGAGAAGGGCGAGCGCUUGUUCCACAUUCUGGAUCUUCCUUAUGAGCGCGUGUUAUUCUUUGACGAGAUCAACGAACUCGCGGCAGAAUACCUGUCGCAGGAAGGGGCUGACGAUACACUUCUGCGCGGGUUCCCGUUUGAGUUCAUACUGGAUCUUAUUGCUGGUCGGCCAGCGAAACUCAAGCAUUACGGAAUCUCGGAGGAUGUCGGUGGCAGGGGUGUUCCUGGUGCGACCGCCGUGAUCCCUUACAGUGCUGAUGUUGAGAACCGCGGUGGACGAACAAACACACCUACCUCAGCAGACUCUGGCGUGGAUUUCGUCUCUGCUGAGACCAAAUCGUUGGCGUUGGAGGAUAUAAAUAUCCAGCCAGUGCAUCAUCAAGUACAACAGGCACCGGCGGUGAUCUCAGCGGCAUAG